UUUAAAUUGGCAACCGACGUACCAACACCAACAUUUCAAAUAAACCAAAAAGUGCUACAGUGUACAGCGAAAGAUCAAAAAGUCAAAAUUAAAAAGUUAAAAAGCAAAUAAAACAAAAAAGUAAGUUUCUUACGGUUUUUCAUAACGAUCGGGCGGUUGUAGUGUCUUGACUUCUCCAUUUUUAUCUUAUUUCUAGGAAAGCUGAAACGAUAACUCAACGUAACGAACCAUGGCAAUGAUGUUAGCAACUCGCUUAUGUAGCAGAGCAGCGCCUCUUCAAAAGUCUCUGCAGUUGAAACCUUUACAGUGUAAGAGCAUUGUCAGGGCAUUAGCCGAUGAUGGCAGAGAAGCGGCCGCUAGGGCUGCUAGACGACGUGUUACCCUCAAAGAAAGAGCCAUGGCACCAGCAGGAGAAACUGCUUUUAACAUUGGAAAAGGUGCUUUGGCAGGUGGCUCUGUACUUGGUAUAGGAGCAUUGUGUUACUAUGGUCUUGGAUUAGGACAUGAUGUGGGUGCUUUUGAAAAACAACACUUGUGGCCUCAGUAUGUUAAAGACCGUAUAAAGAGCACAUACUUGUAUUUUGGUGGAUCAAUUGCAAUCACAGCAGCCAGUGCUAUGGCAGCUAUCAGAUCACCUGCAAUUAUGAGUCUAGUCACAAGGAAUGGAAUCAUGGGUAUGGUGAUCAGCUUAGGUGCUAUAAUGGGUACAGGCAUCCUUUGCCAAAGCUUGGAGUAUAAGGAAGGCUUUGGUGCCAAGCAACUUGCUUGGAUCCUUCACGCAGGCACAAUGGGUGCUAUACUAGCUCCCAUGUGUUUCCUAGGAGGGCCACUUCUCAUUAGGGCUGCCUGGUAUACAGCUGGAGUGGUGGGAGGGCUCAGCACAAUUGCAGUGUGUGCCCCUAGCGAGCAGUUCCUCUACAUGGGUGGCCCCUUGGCCAUGGGAUUGGGAGUAGUGUUUGUCUCUUCCAUUGGGUCAAUGUUCCUGCCUCCUACAACAGCACUUGGUGCUGGAUUGUACUCAAUCAGUUUGUAUGGUGGAUUGCUGCUCUUCUCUGCUUUCCUGUUACAUGAUACACAAAGGAUCAUUGCGCAGGCUGAGAGGUAUCCUACUUCUCCAGGAUUGUAUGGAGUCAAGCCAUACGAUCCUAUCAAUGCGUCCAUUUCCAUCUAUUUGGACACUUUGAACAUAUUCAUCAGAAUUGCUACCAUUCUAGCAGGAGGUGGAGGCCAGAACAAGAGGAAGUAAAUCAGUAUUCAUUGGAUCUGUUUUAUUUAUUUGGAUAUUUCAACAUAAUUUUUAUGGUACACUUACUUGAAUAAAUAUUUAGGAAUCGUUUGUACAUUUUGUAUAUAUAUUUUAGCUUUAGGGAUAGAGUAAGCAACUUUUUCUUAUUAUGACAACUUGAUCCAAUUAAAACUUGUUCUUUAUUCUGUAGUGUUAUUCAACUCUGACAACAAUUUGUUUUUAGUCACUUACAAGGUAGUAUAUUAAUUUGUACAAUGGUAUAAUGAGUAAAAAGACAUGUUGAGUGAAAAUAUAAUUCAAUCUUACACUACUGAGGUCCAAUGACAACAAAUAUCAAAUAAAUAAAAUGCUCAUCAACAUUGCUUACAUAGUGUCAAAAAAAUGUCAAUUAACUGAAUGUGCUGUAUUAGUCCUUCACGUUUUAAAAUGUAUGGCUAUAAAUAUGACAAUCUUCCAUUACAUAUUACUGUGAAAAUUAAAUACAGGAUCUGUGCUUUUUUACGUG